GAAGAGUGCACUUGCAAAAACAUCUGAUUCCCAUCAUCGGAUCAAUAAAAACACACUAUACUCCCAAGCUACUAAUUGCACUCUCAUCUUAUCCCCGCGAAAUCAACUGCGUAAAAACGAUGUCGUAUGUACCUCCUCACCUGAGAAAUCCAACCAACACCACUGCAGUGCUAGUAAACGGCACCGGCGAUUACUGCGACACGAAGCAGCUGAAUAACUCUUCCGGUAGAGUCAAUUCUACGCUCGGGAAUGACAUUAAUGGUCACUCGUGGAAUCCGGGCAAUCGGACAUCCGGUAGUUACAUUUCACCUCGGAUUGUUGUUGUCCCCGACCCGGUUUUUCCUCAAUGGAUGCCCUCCGAACGUGUUAUCUGCCUUAAACCAGAGCAGAUUCAGGAGGUCCGCUUAAGGCUUAAUGUUGAUGUUACUGUUUCUCCAGACUCACUUCCUGCACCUGCUCCUAUUGAAUCAUUUGUUGAUAUGAAUUUGUGCACGAGCAUCAUGAAGGAUAUUGCAUUUCAUGGAUAUACCACUCCUACUUCCAUUCAGGCCCAAGCCAUGCCAGUGGCUCUAAGUGGAUGGGAUUUGUUAGGUUGUGCAGAAACUGGUAGUGGCAAAACUGCUGCAUUCACCAUACCCAUGAUACAGCAUUGCCUGGCUCAGCCUCCUGUUCGGCGUGGAGAUGGACCUCUAGCAUUAGUAUUGGCUCCUACGAGAGAGCUAGCACAACAAAUAGAGAAAGAGGUUAAGGCCUUCAGUAGAUCUUUGGAUUCCUUCAGAACUGCAAUUGUUGUUGGUGGAACGAACAUUUCUGAGCAGAGGUCUGAGCUGCGAGCAGGGGUCAAUAUAGUGGUUGCUACUCCUGGAAGAUUUAUUGAUCAUCUACAACAAGGAAAUUCUUCUCUCUCCAGGAUUUCAUUUGUUGUUUUGGAUGAAGCUGAUAGGAUGCUUGACAUGGGAUUUGAACUUCAGAUAAGAGAGGUGAUGCGAAAUCUUCCAGAAAAACAUCAAACUCUACUGUUUAGUGCUACCAUGCCUGUGGAGAUUGAAGAGCUAGCACAGGAAUACUUGACAAAUCCAGUUCGAGUAAAGGUGGGAAAAGUCAGUAGCCCAACUGCGAAUGUAUCCCAAAUAUUGGAGAAGUUACCAGAAACUGAGAAGAUUGACAGGCUUCUAAAUAUGCUUGUUGGAGAGGCUGCCCAAUCUGAAAGAAGCGGCUACGACUUUCCCUUGACAAUUGUAUUCGUAGAACGAAAGACUAGAUGUGAUGAGGUAGCAGAAGCACUGAUAGAGCAAGGUUUGCAAGCAGCUGCGCUUCAUGGUGGUCGUAGCCAAAGUGAGAGAGAGGCUGCCCUCCAUAAUUUUAGGCAUGGUCCAACCAGGAUACUCGUUGCCACUGAUGUUGCAUCUCGUGGAUUAGAUGUCACUGGUGUUGCUCAUGUUAUUAACCUAGAUCUUCCAAAGACCAUGGAAGAUUAUGUACACCGAAUUGGAAGGACUGGACGUGCAGGAUCAACAGGUCAAGCUACAUCAUUUUAUACUGAUCGUGAUAUGUAUUUGGUAGCACAGAUAAAGAAAGCAAUAGUGGAUGUUGACUGUGGUAAUACCUUGACAAUUGCAACUGGAAAGACUGCUCGAAGGAAGGAGAGGGAAGCUUUAGCUGCUCAGAAGGAAGCAAGGAUUGCAAUGUCCAAGGUCUCAGUGAUGGGACCUACUGCGAUGAAUGUGGAGGACAAGUAUAGGCACAUGAUUACUUCUUCAAUAAUCAGAAAAGAGGGUUCAGCAGACGAUGCUUGGGAUGACUGAUUCAAUUUCCAUUUACCUCUCUUACUGCUUCUGGUUCAGUUUUGAUGGUUACACAGACUCCAAGAAAUUAACGUCCAUAAGAAGGUGCAAUUUGUGCAUUUGGGACAGGUGCCAAAGGAAACAUCAACACGUUCAUUAUUAAACCAUCUCUUGUAUUUUGUCCAUAAAAAUGAAGUGUAAAACGUGCUGCAAGCAGGUUUCCUCUUGUACCAUCUAAUUUCACUUCUAGUUUUAACACCAGUCAGUUGUAGCAAUGACUACAGUAGAGAUUUUUUGACAGUAGAUUCUGGACAAUGUGUGGUUAAACACUAGAGAAAAAUUUUGAUUUACGCACAAAAUUAUUUUAUUAAGAAAUUGUGCAGAU